AUGUCCGUGACGGUUUGCCAGUCCAUGGGCUUCGUGGUGUCUGCUUUAGGGAUUGGAGGCAUCAUCGCAGCGACCUGCAUGGACCAGUGGAGCACCCAAGAUCUCUACAACAACCCGGUGACGGCGGUGUUCAACUACCAGGGCCUCUGGAGGACAUGUGUCCGGGAGAGCUCCGGCUUCACGGAAUGCCGUGGCUACUUCACCAUCCUCGGGCUGCCAGCCAUGUUCCAGGCUGUGAGGGCCCUCAUGAUCGUGGGGAUAGUCCUGGGCAUCCUUGGCCUCCUGGUGUGUGUUUUUGCUCUGAAAUGCAUCCACAUUGGCAGCAUGGAGAAUUCUGCCAAAGCCAACAUGACCCUGACCUCUGGCAUCAUGUUUAUCGUGGCUGGCCUCUGUGCCAUCACUGGAGUGUCUGUGUUUGCCAACAUGCUGGUCACAAACUUCUGGAUGUCCACAGCCAACAUGUACCAGGGAAUGCAGAACGUCCAGAACAGGUAUACCUUUGGCUCAGCCCUUUUCGUUGGCUGGGUGGCUGGUGGCCUGGCCCUCGUGGGAGGUAUCAUGAUGUGUCUUGCUUGCAAAGGGCUGAUUCCAGAAGAAUCACGUUACAAAGCUGUGUCCUACAACGCGUCGGGACGGAACAUCUCCUACAGGACAGGUCCUUACAAGGUUGGUUCAGGGUAUGAACCCGAAACGAAGACCAGGAAGGGUGCAGGAUAUGAAGAAGCUCCUCGAAGUGAGGAUGGGAGACGCUCGUACCCUUCCAAAUAUGACUAUGUCUAG